AAAGUAGUAAUCUGUGAUGUAUUUGUGCAGUGGUACAAACAGAACAGAGAGCUCAAACGACGCAGCACAGCUCUGGUGCAAAGGGUGAUGCAAGUAGCUCCAGAUACCAUGGCAGACCUAGCGGACGACACUGACUCUGGAGUUUCCACAGACACUGAUGACUUUGAUGAGCUCAGAAAGUCUGUACAAGAGUUGAACCAUGAUGUGGCAAGAUUGCAGGCUGAGGUGAAUGCAGCUAGACUCCAGGAGUUCGAAGCACAGGAGACCAUUGUGGAUUUGACCAGUCAACUGGAGGAAGAGCGCAGCGCUCGCACUCUGUUGGAGAGCGAACUACAGGAACUGAGAUCGAUGAGGGAGAAUCUAGGCCAGGUCAGUCGGCUGGUGGCGGCCGAGGUGUCUUCUCUCCGAGAGCAGUGCGAGAGAGAAAAGAUGACUGCUCAGAGGAUGAAGGAAGAUGCAGACAAAGCUAAGAAAGAGAGGAAUGUACUGGCUCAUCAAAGUCAGCUGCUGAUGUGCGAGGUGGCAGCUGACCAGAGACUCCUCCAGGUUGUCAUGGAAGUUGAGAAUCUCAAGAGGACUCUGGAGGAGGAACAGCAGAGGCACACAGCAGAAUUACAAGCUCUACAGGAGAAGCUAGAAGAAAGGGAAGCUGAAGCUCAAUUAGAGUUAUUGGAAGAGAAACUCAAACUGGCCGAAGCAGAACUGACGUGUGCUUUACAGAGAGCUGAGAGAGCAGAAGCAGUUUCUCAACAACUGUCCUCUAAAGUUAGUUCGCUGGAGGAGAAAUUGGAACAGUCCCUCAAAGCACCUCCUCCUCCAUUUCCACCCCCUCUACCACCACCACCACCCCCUCCUCCCAUGCCAUCCCUGUGUCCACCACCUCCAGUCACUCUCCGCCGUCGCCCCAGUUGUGAUGGUGCCGAGGCUCCUCCAGUUCACUCAAGCAGUGCUGUGCUAGAGAUGGCUAAUCUUCUGGGCAUCCCCAGGAAAACUACUAAUCAACCCUCACAACCUGGAGCUAUUGAUGACAUCAUCAACCAAAUAAAAGGAGGAAGGUUCACAUUAAAGUCCACAGAGCCUAAACCGAGGUUACAAAAGGUUGAGGAGCAGCCACCAGUGGUGCAAGAAAUGAUCAAUGUGCUUGGGACGCUGAGGAAACGCCGGACACCGAGCAUGCGUAGGCAGUUGGACAUGCCUCCUGCCGACGUCCCACUCUGACUCGUAUUGCCAACCACAGCAUGUUUUUGGCGAUAUGGAUGAAGUCAGAUUCUCAGCCCAGCAGCUGAUAUCACUGGUCCAAUUGAAUGAACAGAUGUCUUUCAGACUGGGAAUAUUUUUAGUUUUGUUUAAGGUUUUAAGAAAAGUGUUGGUGUAUAAAAAUGUCACCUCUAAUCAUGGGUUUUCUUUAUCAAAUGAUAUAUACUCAUACCAGUUUGUUGAAUUAUUGAGAAUACAAUCAAUCAUUACAUUACAAUUCACUAUUGAAUUGAAUUUAAAAUCUGUAUUCAUUGAAUAUACAGUACAUUGUGUAUACAUUGGAUAGCGUCAUAAAAAUUACUUAACUAAUACACUUAUAAACUAAGAGGUUAUAAUUUAUUAUCUACUCAAAUGUCUGAAUUGUAAUAUAACUAUCUGUUAAAGUUGCAAUUAGUUAAAGUAGAAUGACAAAUAGAACACAGUAAAAUUGUGAGUGGGCUAUAAAUGAUAAAAUAAUGUUUUUGCAUAAGAUAAAUUGAAGUUUAAUUAAGAGAAUUACAUUUUUAAUUCACUUAAAAGCCUCUAGCCUAAAUAAUAAAUAGGUAAAGCUUUUGUGACCAAUGAGUUUUUUGAAGUAUGAUAAAAAUGUCAUAAGAUUACAAACAAAAUAUUUAGAAUAUGAACAAUUACUAAAGAUUCAAAUACUCAAUGUUUACAAAUUUGUUUUUACUAAAAAUUUAAAUAGUGAUCUAUUCCAAUCCAUUGUGAAAUUUGUAAGUUAUUUGUUUAAUACCAUAUAUACUAUAUUUUUAUUGCAUUACACAAAUAAUUAAUUUGAGCUACUAAUAAAAGAAAGUUCUGAUUUCAAAAUGUUGCUUGCAACAGUGCAGGAACUACCACCGAACACAUAAUGUAUAUAUUUUUACAAUAGAGUACUGAAAUGCAUACUGUAAAUAGUUUAAUGUAUGUUGUUUAACACUGUAUAUUUGAACAAUAAAAAUAAUGUUGAUUCUGUUA